AUCCCGUCCAAAGAAUUUGGUUGGUUCGUUCUCUGGGGUUUGAGCCCAGAGAGGGAGGGACGCUUCGUCAAACCCUCAGUCUGUAAAUAUGGACCGACAAUGGUCAGCCUUUACGUGAACUCAUGCGUGCAUAACAAUGCAAGAAAAAGCAUUGGAAUUUCUAACCCACACCUGCAACAAUCUUGGCUGAGCAUGCCGUAAGGCUCUUUUCUCGUUUCUUAUGCAUGAAGUAUAAUAGCCUGAAUGAACCUUAUUGCACUCCACUCUUUUACCGAAGAAACUAAUUGUUGCGUCAUCUGUUUACUCGGCAUUGUUGUGUUUCAUUAUCGCCAUCAACAAUCCGCUUUCGUCAUUCUGUUAAGAGCUGAGCUUGGAAUCGGUUGUAGAAAGAAGUGCGUCGUAGAGUAGACAAUUUUGUGCUGUUAAAAUCCUUUUACAAUAUCACAAGUUCUUUUCUUAUAUAAGAAUUAUUAAGAAAUCUGUGAAACCGCCCUCCACUCUCUCCGUUAUAUUUUAGAUUAGAUCGAUCAUUGACGGUGGACGUCGUGGUCUCUUACAAUUGAACAAAUUUUGAGGUAUCAAAGCACCCGUACGUGACUGAAAACAAGGCGUGCAAACCCAUGAUCUCGGAGACGCUCACAUUCCUGGACGACGUGAAAAGGUUGUCGAAGGAAGACAAGGACAUCAUGACACCAAGGAUUGCCCGCCCGCGAAUCCCACAGGACGUUCUAUUUGCUAUUGGUGGGAGUUGCGACGGAGACCCUACAGAUGUGAUCGAAGCUUACGACGCACGAGCAGACCGGUGGAGUGUGGUGGAAGGGGUCGACUCGAUCGGUCCGCGAGGUGAACAUCGCACGGCAGUAGUCGGUUACGACAUUUAUGUCAUCAGUGGUUGCAAUGGCUACGUAGGUGUAAGCUCAUGUCGCUGCUUCAACGCUGUUAUGAAGACAUGGCGCGAGGUGCCGCCUAUGCAUGAAUACAGAUGGGGUUUAAGUGUGGCAGCUCUGCGAGGUUCAGUGUACGCCAUGGGCGGUUUCGAGCAUCGUGAAGAUCACAGAACGGCUGAAAGAUACGACUGCAAGACGAACCAGUGGUCUUUGAUCACUCCCAUGAACACAAAGCGACACAGUGCAAGUGCAGCUGUACUGAACGACAAAAUAUACGUCGCUGGUGGAUAUUAUGAUUUCAAUUAUCUAAACUCGGUGGAAGUUUAUGACCCGGACACCAACCGAUGGACGUUCGUUGCACCGAUGCUUUCUGAACGUGCACGUCUUUCUUGCGUCGAGUUCCACGGCUGUCUGUACGCCCUAGGAGGACGCAACUACACAUCAUCCGAGCUCAAUACCGAAAAGUAUGACCCUGCAGAAGACACGUGGACCGAGAUCCCUGCCAUGAACUUCUAUGACUAUGACUUAAACGCAGAAGUGAUCGACGACACGAUCUUCGUCAUCGGUGGACAUGAUAAGAAGGACUUCUUCCACGUCGCAUGUUUCAAUGGCAAGGAAAAUCAAUGGGACAAGGUGACAAACAUGAAUGUUAGUAGAUCCGGGAUGUCGACUUGUGUCAUCGAGAACCUACCGAAUACAAGCGACUACUCCUACAAACACAAUGACAAAUUGAUGGAGGAGAAACGCAAGAAAAGGAAGAGGAGAAAUGGAAAAAGAAUGUUGGAUUUAGAAAAUCAGUAGUUUGCAGUUGAUUACAACCACGGCGAACACAUUAAUUUUAAUUACUUUCCUUAUGAAAAUAAUGUAGAAAUCUGAGAAUUGAUGUAGGAUCUACAAAAAAAUAGAAAGAGAAAUAUUGUUUGCAGCAAACACGGAAAAAUUAUUUCAUCUCGUUAUUUUCUGCUCAAGAAGUUUUAUUGAAAUUAUUUGUUUUACAGACGUUCAAUUUUAUCUAAAUUAUUACCAUCCAUCAACACACAGCAGUUUCACCUUGCAUCUUGUAUUAAAUAAAUCCACUUGUAGCGACAUGUUUCGAGUUACGAAACUGUCUUCAUGGCAUUAGGGGAAGAUUCAUGAACAUCGUUUAGAAAAACGUCAUUACAAAGGCAACACGCUGAGAAUUUUGUAUUGUCUAGAGCAACGCGCUCCUUCCAGGGCGCUGUCUCUAUCUGAUAUUUUACUUCUUUACGUCGCUGUUCAGAGGCAAACUGUUCUUGGUCAGUCAACUAUCUACGUCCAACCCCACCCUUGAAAGUAUUUUUUUUUUCUUAACGUAAAUACGUCUAUAUUUUAGGGUCAAGUGUCAUUCCGCAAAAAAGUGAAAGGAAAAUGUGUAAGAUGCGUUCAAAUAAUGUUUUAUUUACUUCAUAGUCGAUGAAUGAGGUUGAAAACUAAUGUAGAAAACUUCUUGUUGGUCUUCCGGUUCUUAAUGCCAUGCGUGGACGUUUAGGUAGAUACCACAGUUUUGGAGAAACAUACAGUCUCCUUCUUCAGGCUCUGAAGGGUAUACUCUCCUGUCACCUAUAGCUGCUGCCCUAUGUACCUUAGGGACAAGGUCUGUCUCGGGUACUUGGAAGUGGUGAAGAGAUGGGAUAAUAAUAAUAAUACAGAGGAGAGAAACUAUCAUUCGUAGAGGAUGGCUGUCAUGUGGGUUGUAGCGCCGCGCAGUCCGGUAGAAGUUCACCAAAGUAUCAGAGGUCAAUGCUGUUUCCACAAUCAGGGCGUUGAUGGAAACUUCUGUAAACGUCUACCAGACUACACUGUGCUUCAACCCAAAGACAGCCAUCUUCGAAUUCACCGUCGUAAAAACCUCAAAUUAUAUUUAACAUCGACAAUGCAAAUUGUAUACAAUUUAAGUAGUUUGUUAAAAGCUAGUAACACAUUUUCGCUUGAACUUCAUGUUAAUUAAUCAAUACGAUAUGAAGACCAACAAAAUAAAGUUGACGUGCUUUGUUUUCGUUCAAGCUUA